AUGAAUGAGUUAUCAAUUAAACUUAUUUCUGAUAUCACCAUGCUCUACAUUGGUCCUUUUACGGAUUUCUAUGAUGAUCUCUUCGAGGAGUUGAACAAGUAUGGGGAAAUCGAAAGCUUGAAUGUUUGUAACAACCUUGCUGACCAUAUGGUAGGAAAUGUAUACGUUCAGUUUAGGGAAGAAGAAUACACUGCAAAAGCCCUCAAGAAUCUCACUGGAAGAUACUACGCAGGUCGACCGAUCAUUGUUGACUUCUCACCUGUGACUGAUUUCCGGGAAGCAACUUGCAGAAAAUAUGAAUAA